AUGCCCUACAUUUUGAUUAGAGGUAAUCUGGCAUCGUAUGGGCAUAAAAACCCGUGGCGAGUAUUGGUAUCCGGCCUAAAAGCUGGAGAUAUAGACCAAUUAAAAAGGUUUGCUUGUGGCGGUUAUUGCGACGAUUCCACAAUCGUUUAUCUUCAUCAUCCUUGCGUCAUACUCAGCGCCUUGGAAGUAUUAGGUUAUAAAGUUGUAGCCUCCAGUUCAACAGCUGUUAAACAAGAUUAUAAUGAGUACAUGUGGACUAUGAGAAAAGAGUUUUCGGAACCAGAACCAUCAAUUAUUGUGGAACAAGAUAACAUUACAAACUUCAGUAAAGAGGCUAUGCAUAUAGGAAACUACCAACAUUCAAACAAAGACGCUGAGGACAAGAAGAAGUGA